AUGGGUUCCCGGUGUUCACAUCCCGGCGGGUUCCCGGUGUUCCCGGUGAAUUCCCCGGCUCUCCCGGUGGGCUCCCCGGGAUCUGACGGUGCCGUGCCCGCAGGCAGCCCCGCGGCGGUGGAGGCGGCUCUCGGGGCCGUGGCCGCGCUCUUCCCCCGCCGCCUGUUCGGGGACGCGCUGCCGCCGCUGCUGCUGCGCCACCAGCUCUACAGCGUGCUGCCCGACCGCACCGCCGUGGACCGGCACCUGCUGGUGGCCGCGGGGCUCCUGACCGUGCGCGACGCCGGCAGUUGGUGGCUGGCGGUGCCGGGGGCCGGGCGCUUCGUGCGGGCGCUGCUGCGGGGCCGCCGAGCCGUGCUGUCCCUGGUGCGGCGCUCGCGGCUGCGGCAGCUGCCCCUGCAGGACCUGCGGGGGGGCAAAACCCCCCCGGGAGCCGCCCUGGGGGUCCCGUUCCUGCUGCACGACCUGCUGGGGGAGGGGCGGCUCCAGAGCGUCCCGACUGCCGCGGGCCCCCUGCUGCGAUUGGCUGAGCCGUGACCUCUGACCCCUGACCUUUGACCUCUGACCGGACCUUCCUGAGGGAGUAAUCCCAAAUUUCCGCUCCGGGGCGUGGCCACGGCUGACCACGCCCAUUUGGGGCGGGGCCAAGGGGGUCCAAGAUUGGCCCCGCCCCCCGGGGGGGAGGUGGGGAUAAGGCUGAGUGCAAUAAACCCAAAAAUAAAAUAAAAUAAAACCCCAACAUUGAUAAAACUUACGUCUAUAAAAGCAAUAAAACCAGAAUUAUUAAAAUGAAUAAAACCGAAAUUUAUGAAACCGAA